GGACAAGUCACCACCUCAUCGCAGGGCCAACACAGACAGUCAAGAAAUAAUAAUAAUCAAAACAAGUACAAAAACAGUACAAAACGGCGCCAGGGGGUUGUAAACUCAAUAAAGUAACUCAAAUAGAAUGCAAUAAUAAUAAUAAUGGAUUAGAUUUAUAUAGCGCUUCUCUACACACUCAAAGCGCUUCACAGAGAAGUGAGAACCCAUCAUUCAUUCACACCUGGUGGUAGUAAGCUACAUUUAUAGCCACAGCUGCCCUGGAGUAGACUGACGGAAGCGUGGCAGCCAGUUCGCGCCUACGGCCCCUCCGACCACCAUUCAUUCACCAGUGUGAGCGGCACUGGGGGCAAGGGUGAAGUGUCCUGCCCAAGGACACAACAGCAGUGAUUUUGGAUGGGAAGGUUCGCAGGGAGCGAACCUGCAACCCUCAGGUUUCUGGCACGGCUGCUCUACACGCCACGCCAAAAAUAUAUAUAUGUAACAAAAUGUAAAGCCAUAGGCUCACACAAGUUCCGUAAAUAAUCCAAAUUUGGAGCACAGCAUCACAGUUUUCACAGCUUUUUGGUUGUUAGAGGUAGAGAGCGUUUUAAAGUAGAGUUCUAAUUCUUUUUUGAAGGCACAAAAAACAGGUCGGGUAUUGAGAAACUUACAUGUAUGAAUAUAAAACUUAGCCAAUACUAUUAAUGAUGUUGCAAAUGUAAAAAUCAUUUUAAAAUGUGUUUUCAUACAGUGUAAAUCCAAAUAGCACAUCUUUAAAACAAAGCACAAAUGUGUCAUGGUUAUUGUCCAGGAUGAAACGACAGAUGCCCUGCCAUAGUGAUCGAGUGCUUUCACAAGUCCAACACAGGUGGUAAACAGUCUCUGGAUGCAUGUUGCAUAAGGGGCAGGUAACAUCAAUGUCCUUGUAUCCAACCAUGACAGUCUUUACACGGUAAUAACCAUGAAUGAUUUUGAAAGAAAUCUCUUUGACUUUGUUCGUAAGGCACCUGCUUUGUGAUGACAAAAGUGACAUCACAAAUAUAUGUGCCAACGAUCAAAGUUACGCAGAUUUGCAUAUCAAUCUUCAUUACUGAGUGGAACAUUCACCACUGAUGUAAGGAAUCGAAUGAUUUUGGUGCUUGGUUUCCUGUUGAAUAUUGUUCACCUUUGACACUUUGGGGUUUAAAUAAAUAUUUGUAAACUGUUCUAAACUGCGUGCCUUGCCAUCCUUGGUUUGAAAGUCUGGUUUACAAAGGUUACAUUACCUUCACCUGAGGCUGGGUGUGACAAAUGGUGGCAGCGGUGGGAUGGCCAGCCGCGGUGGGAUGGCAAGCCGCGGUGGGAUGGCAAGCCGCGGUGGGAUGGCCAGCCGCGGUGGGAUGGCAAGCCGCAGAGUUUACAACAAACCUGGCAGAGGGCGGGCCAGAACUGGUUUGAAAUCCAAAGUGUCUAAGGUGGCAAUGACAGAGGAGGCUAAUGAGAUGGCCGGUCGAGGGGCCAAGGCGAUGAGGCUGGACCGGGCGACCAUGGCUGAGGAGCGUGAAGUUGGGUGGAACACCAAGGAGUCUGAAGAAGACGGAAAAGGUGAGCCACAGAAGUUUGACCCAAACUUCAGAGGGCCAAUUCAUAACAGGAGCUGCACGGAUGUGAUCUGUUGUGUUAUUUUCAUCAUCUUCAUCAUUGGCUACAUCGCACUGGGCACCGUGGCCUGGAUCUACGGCGAUCCUCGGAGGGUGACCUAUCCAACCGACAGCCAAGGGCAGUUCUGUGGCCAGCAGGGCACUCCUAAUGCAAACAAAGCCAUCUUGCUCUACUAUAACAUGUUGAAAUGUGCCAACCCUGCAGUGUUGAUUAACCUCCAGUGCCCUACAACCCAGCUCUGUGUCUCCAAGUGCCCUGACAGAUUUGCCACGCUUUUGACUGCCUACAAUAUCCCAGCCGACUGGAAUUAUUAUAAGCAAUUCUGCAAACCGGGCUUUAGCAGUAAGACAUCUCUAGAAAUCCUAAAACAUGAUGACUGCCCAUCCAUGAUUGUGCCAAGCAGACCAUUUAUGCAGCGGUGCUUCCCGGAUUUUAACAGUUUAAAUGGAAAAUUAACUGUAGCCAACAAGACUACAUUUAAUGACGGAAGCGGCGACCAAAGUGUCACCAAUUUGAAAACCGCUGUCAAUGGUAUAUCCAAUCUGAUGAAUGCCCAAGAUUAUGGCCUGAGGAUCUUUGAGGAUUAUGCAAAUUCCUGGUAUUGGAUCCUCAUAUCUCUGGUCAUAAGCAUGUUGGUCAGCCUGUUCUUCAUCCUGCUGCUGCGCUUCAUCGCCGGCGUGUGUGUAUGGAUCAUCAUCGUUGGCGCCAUCGUCGCGAUCGGCUAUGGAAUUGGCCACUGCUACUGGGAGUACAGCAGGCUUAGCAAGACGCCGGACGCAAGCAUCACCAUCUCCGACAUUGGCCUGCAAACAGACUUCAACGUUUACCUUCAGCUCAGCCAGACGUGGCUCAUCUUCAUGAUCUUGCUGGCCGUGAUCGAGGGCAUCAUUUUGAUUGUGCUGAUUUUCCUGAGGCAGCGGCUCCAAAUCGCUAUCGAGCUGCUGAAGGAGGGAAGCAGGGCCGUAGGAUACGUCAUGACGGCUCUCCUCUACCCCAUCUUCACCUUCUUCCUGAUUUUUGUUUGCAUCGCUUAUUUUGCAGUCACAGCAAUUAUGCUAGCAUCCUCCGGUAUCCCUGUGUACAAGGUGACGUCUACAGAUGACAAGUGCAUUCAUAACAACGUCAUAUGCAUUCCACAGACGUUCAGCACAACCAAAAUCCCCACCGAGUGUCCCGGCUCACAGUGUUCGUUCGCCUUCUACGGCGACGAACGCUACAUCUUUCUCUUCCACCUGUGUAAUCUGUUCGCCUUCCUGUGGUUGGUCAACUUUACCAUCGCGCUGGGCCAGUGCACGCUGGCCGGCGCCUUUGCAUCCUAUUACUGGGCCCUGAAGAAGCCGGAAGACAUCCCCGCCUGCCCGCUCUUCUCGUCUUUCAGCAGAGCUAUACGUUAUCACACAGGCUCGCUGGCCUUUGGUGCUUUCAUCCUCUCUGUGGUACAAAUGAUCCGCAUUGUCCUCGAGUACCUGGACCACAAACUGAAACGGUCCCAAAAUGCAUAUGCUCGCUACGUGCUAUGCUGCCUCAAAUGCUGCUUCUGGUGCCUAGAACGUUUCAUCAAGUUCAUCAACAAGAAUGCAUACAUCAUGAUAGCAAUAUAUGGAAAGAACUUCUGCACGUCCUCCAAGAAUGCUUUCUUCCUCUUGAUGAGGAAUAUUAUUAGGGUGGCCGUCCUCGACAAGGUGACCGAAUUCCUGUUGUUUCUGGGAAAACUGCUCAUUGCAGGAAGUGUAGGUAUUCUUGCAUUUUAUUUCUUCACUCAUAAAUUAGCAGCCGUUGAAGAUGGUCCGAAACUAAAUUACUUCUGGAUCCCUAUGGUGACGGUGAUCAUUGGCGCCUUCUUGGUUGCACAUGGCUUUUUUAACGUCUACUCCAUGUGCGUGGACACCUUGUUCUUGUGCUUUUGUGAAGACCUGGAGAGGAACGACGGGUCCUCCUCCAGGCCCUACUUCAUGUCUCCCGGCCUGCGCAGGAUCCUGCACAAAGGGGAUUCCGGUGGCAUAUCUUCCUCGUGAGCUACUAGACUAUUGAACUCCAAAAAAAAACUGAUGACUCUUUGAAGUCGACUUUUCUUCAUAUCUGCUGUGCACAGCCUGGACGUGAUGCCAUUUUCUCCUCCCUCACUUUUCCAACCCUUUUCUGCAUUCUUUGCCUUACUGAGGAGAGGACACAUGUCCAAUCACAGGCUGCCCCCGAUGCAGAGAUGCAUGGUACACACAGCCCCUAUGUGGCGUGCGGCAAUCACCUUAGUGACACUUUUUCUGUACAACCAACUUUUGUAUGCACUUUCACUUCCACAAAAGGACCGUGGGGACUUACAGUGGAUUAAGGAGGGAAAUAAAACAGCAGCUUUUUAUCAACCGAGUACAAUUCAAUUGAAAAAUAAAUUGUGUUGAGGAAAUACAUAAAAUAAAAAUGUGCGACGGGAUGUGUUGCAUCACUAUAAAAGAAAACAUUGGACUUUAAAAAUCCUUUAAUGAACUCAUGUUUAAAGUAACAUUUUAACUGUCAUACAGGUGUUAAAAAAAAGUAAUUAAAACUAUGACAAAACAUACAUGCUAGCUUUUCCAGAUUUAUUUUUCACUUGAAUUUCAUAGGUCACAUUAUAAAAAUGUGAAAAAAAAAGUUGCUACUCUAUCCAUGAGGUCAGCAUGAUGACUUUGAAGGACUUGAGUGUUCAUGCUUUCUUCUUUAAAAUACUCACUAAUCCCCCACCCCCACCCAAAAAGGAAGUAAUGUAUUUUCCAUUUUUUACAUGAAA